UGUAAAAAUGGAUUCAAGCACUGGAUUUUCUUUGACGAAAGAUUUAGCAAAAAUAGAUGACGCUAACAACAGUAAUGAUCGAUAUAACACUUACUUGAGAAAAGUAAAAGAUAUUGAUUUAAUCGAUUAUGCUCCUCCUAAAGAGAUAGAACACACUGAAUCUCCAUACGGUUGGGCUCAAAUUGUCAAAAGUGAAAACUUAUCAUCAGGCGAUUACUUGGUAAAGAUGAUGGAUUACAGUAACCAAGGAGACAGUUACACUUUUGAAAAAUAUCUGCCCUACUUAGCCCUAGCAUUUGAGUACUCAUUGAUGAAGGAUUUCAAGAAAUCAAAAUACUUCGUCAGGCAAAUGAAGGAUAUGCUGCUUGAAAUGGAAAAAGACAAGGGGGAUUUUUAUUUGAGAAUUAAAGAUGCGUUAGAACAUGUAUUUGUAGCUACAGCUGCAAAUGUGUGCAUAUUAUCUGAGGACAAUUCAACUGAAGCUGAGGAUUUAAAGGUGAAAUGCUCCAACCUUAAGCCACUUUCAGAGAUGGAUCCAAUUCAGCAAUCGGCAAUCCAUGCCGUAAAAUCAAAGUUCUAUUUGAGCUGUACAGAAGAAACAAACCUUGCUUUGAUUCACAUGAAAGAAGCUAAUAAGCUUGAUCCACAAUGUGCAACUUGGAAAUAUUGGACUGGAAAGAUAUUGCGAAAAAUUCGGAGGGACAAAAGAUUGCAGGACCCUUCAGAAGAAAUACCUUACUUUGAGGAAGCUGUAAGCCUGGACCGGGAUGCCAAGCACCUUGUAUUUUUGGCUCAAGCGUACCGUGAAAAAGCUAGGUAUCUGCAAAAAAAUAAACAUUCUCCCCCAGCCACUCAAAAUGUGAUUGAUUCCCUCGACCAAAACGCAAGUGACCUGUACAUAGAAAGCAUUGAGUUAAAUCCAACUUCAGCCGCUAUUUUGAGAAGAGCAGGGAAUGGGUUGAUGAGUUUACCCAAGCAGUUUGCAAACUACCGUCUGGCCAAACAAUUACUACAUAAAGCCGAACAAUAUUCCCUGAAUCCCAUUACCUUCCAAAUGCUGGGAACCUUCUAUUCUCGAAAUGAGCCGAAUCCAGAUAAGGCAUUAGAAUACUUUCAGAAAGCAAUUUGUAACCACAUGGUUUAUGGUUAUAAUGAAGUUAUCAGGAUUAAAUAUGUAAAUGACAUGACCUAUGACCCUUUAGAGGAUCUCAAGAAGGCCGAGAAAGCAUUACAAUUGUCUAGUAAGCUUGAAUUAAUUGUGGCUGAUAUUGGUUGGUAUUACUUGAUAUUGAAAGAGAAUUUACAAAAAGGACUUGAAUACUUUUGGAAGAUAGUUGAAAGAAAUGAAAGUUCACCAUGCAUGAAGAAGUUCUACAGCUAUUCGUUUGUUGUCAGAGGACCCCUCAACAUGUACAAGGUGUUACAAGAACUAAUCCUGAACACUAAAGAAAGUCAAAGAGACGAGACAAUGAUUAAAUUCUUAGAUAAAAUAAAUAACAAUCCCCACCUUUUAGAAACCGAACAUGAUUGUGUAAGUUUGAGUAAAGCCUUGAAAGAAGCAUCCACCACCCUAAGCUGGGAAAGGACCAAACAAAAUAAAAUCAAGCAAAGUCUAGACAAUCAAGAUCAAGGUCGUGUGAAACAAGAUAAAACCAGAUAUCACACAGCAUCAACAAGUAGCAGGAAAGAACAAAAGUCUGAUGAUUUCACUUCUGGAUAUCGUAACAACGGAAGACAAUUCAGAGCUUCAAGGCAGGAAAACAGGGUGAACUAUAACGAAGAAACAAGUGGGAGGAAUAAAUCAACUAGUAAUUCGUCAGUAACUGGUAGAGAAAGAAGACAAACGUCUGGUACAAACAGAGCUUCCCAGCAACAAGAAAACUGGCGCUCGGAAUGUCCCAAGUUUUGAAGCUUUUGGAAGCUGUUUGAAAAUGGCUUUAGAACCAAAAGAAUGAUUAUAUAACUAUAGUAAAAUUUUUGAUUUGAUACUUGGCUGGACAUUUAAUUUUAAGGUCUGUCCACCAUAUAAACCAGUUUUUGCUAUAAGAAAUUAAUUAUAUUAACAAUGAAAUGGGUAGUAUAAAUUGUUCCCACCUUACUAAAAUACACUAACUUUUUCAUUUGA